AUGUUUGAUCGAUCAGGAUGGGAUUCUUCGUGGACUGAUACGCUUGCAGUGUCAUAUCUUCUGGCUCUUCACGCCCGCUUGUCGUCACUUUUGUCAACAGCAGAAUACUUGGAUGGCUCGGAAUUGCCAUGCUUUGGUUUCAAUGAACAGUUGCGUCGUUUCGCCGCCUCACGCUCUACAUCGCCAAUUACGGUGCAAAGUACGGAAACUGUGAAGCAGCAGGAUACGGAAACAAGUCGAGACAGUAAUAAAACGCUAGAACAAGAGAUUAACGCAGUACAGGAUUUGGUGGAUGUUUCCGAUGAGCAUCAACAGUACAGGCAAGCAGUACGUGAAAAUCAAAUCAAACAGGCAAGUUCAAAUUCGACAUUGAAUUUAGUACGUUUAUUACAGGAAUUACUGGAACGUGAGGCCAAGAGUAGCCGUGUGAUCAUCGAAGUACGUCCGCAAUAUUUGGUGCCCGAUACGAAUACAUUUAUCGAUCAUUUGGAAUCAUUAAAACAAAUUGUCGAAAGCCGCCGAUUCACCGUACUAGUGCCAACCACAGUUCUGGAAGAAUUGGUUGGCUUAUCACGGCCAUCGACUUCAACAACACUUGUUCCUGGACUGCAAGGAGAUUUCCAAGAUAACUGGGUUGGUGAGCGAGCAAAAGAAGCCGUAAGCUAUUUGCGUGGUGUUGCAGAAAGGAAA